CAUGUGCAUCUGUUGCAACUGCACGUAAGGUUGCAAUUCCUCCGAUGCCAUGCAGGUAGGUCCCUUGACUAUCCAUGUACGAAGAAACAUCUCCAUCAAAGGUGCUCCACGCUUCCCCAAGUUGUGCAAAGGCUGUUUCCAUCGACCCGUAACUCUACUCCUAGUUUCGAAUCAGGUAUCGUUUUCCCAUUUUCCAGGCAUUGUUCAAUUGCAUCUAGCGCGAUUACAACGUUGCCAUGAUGAUUACAUAGCGCUACAGCGCCAAGAGAGGAUAAUCACAUCUACAUUCCGAUGCCAACCACCAAGAGCAUCUUAUAAAUGAAGAUAUUCAUUGGCACAGGAACAAGUUCGAUGACCAAAGGCCUUCAGUCUUGUGUUUCAAGGGAGGCGUCGGAUGAGACCCUGGGCUAGACCCGUUCCGCCGGCCGCGACUCCACACCGGACCCAAGAUCAUCUCCCCGCAUCCUAUCAUUCACCCUUCACACCGUCGUCGCCCCAAGUCACUAGCCUACACUCACUCGAAGCCUCUUAUGGAGCUGCGAUAUCGUCCCACACCCUUUGUGUGUCCCGUACGUUGUAUACACUUCGAAACAAGCAACUUCCCGGAUUUGAGCCCCAAUUCAAAACAAUGGCCAAGUGGUCCGACCUACCAUCUGCUCUCAAAGAGAGUCAUGACAAGUUUACCGAGCUCCUCCAAUCCGACCAUCAGCUCAAAGCUUUCACCAACUCCAACGCCAUUGGCAAGCCCGUCACCUUCGGAAUUACUUCAAAUGGCUCUGACAAUGCACUGUUUGUCACUGUCGAGAAUGGCUCUGUGGAAGCAAAGACAGGCUCUGCAAAGGACGGCUUGUUCAGCCUGUCCGCUCUGCCAGAGCAAUGGGAGCAAUUCUUCAAAGACGUGCCCGUGGCGCCAUACCAGAGCUACUGGGGCAUGUUCGGGAUGAAUAUCAAGCAGAAGGGCAUUGAAGUUCUCGGCGAUCAGACUGCCUUCUCGCAAUGGACUCAUGUCUGGCGACGCGUGCUAGAGCUAGCGCACGAUGCGCACUGCGGGCCUAUCAAGGAAGACACCCAGCAAGAAUCUGAGCAAGAUCAUCUGAGGGGCAAGUAUGUAUACCUUGAUGCGCCAGUCUGGGGACGCGUCAAGACAUUUUAUGAGUACUCGGGCGACGGGAAACAGCCGAUUGUAUUUUUGCAUACCGCUGGAAGUGAUUCAAGGCAGUACCAUGGCGUUAUGAAUGAUUCUAGAAUGCGACAGAAGUGCAUCAUGUAUGCCUUCGAUCUUCCUGGUCACGGACGGAGCUUUCCAUCUCGCAAUUAUCACCCAGGUGCGCACACCAAUACCGAAGACAGCUAUGUCGGCAUUAUCACCUCCUUUGUCAAAGCACUCGGUCUUAGAAGACCCAUUAUCUGCGGAGCAAGCAUGGCUGGCCAGGUUUGUUUGGCAGUGGCUAUCAGGCACAAGGAAGUCGGCGCUGGAGGCGCCAUUCCACUACAAGGUUCUGACUACCUUAACAUGGAUCGUAAUUCAAAUGACCGGUCGCCAUAUGUCAACCAGUCGUUGUUCAACCCUGAGUGGGUAUACGGGAUGAUGUCCCCAACCGCGCCCUCAGCCAACAAACAACUGAUAUGGCAUACGUACAGUAGCCAAGCGUACGGUAUAUUCCAUGGCGACCUUGACUUCUACUUUGGCGGCUGGGAUGGCCGCUCGCGCGUUGCGAACAUCGACACAAACGCCUGCCCCGUCUAUAUGCUCACGGGCGAGUACGAUUGGUCCAACACGCCCGAAAUGUCCCAGAAGACAGCCGACAAGAUCCGCGGCGCGAAGCACAAGGCCAUGCCAGAUCUAGGCCACUUCCCUGCCACGGAAAACCCGGCCAAGUUUGUGCCGCAUUUGCUGGAGGCCAUUGAGCAUAUUCAGCAGGUGAGAAGUGAAAACAUUACCACUAUGAGGCUGGGAUCGGACUUGGGGUAG